AUGAAUGAAAAGGCACUGAAUGACUUGGAAAUAGCUUGUGCAUUAGAAGAGAUUUUUGGUUUACCUGAUGAUCCCGAUGUGUCAGAUGAUAAUUUGGAAUCCGAUGAAGAAGAUGUGCAGUACAGUACAGUGAAACUUCAAAGAAUUUUAGAGAGCCUUGAUGAGCCUCAUGAUGGAAUUCUAGCACCCACACCUGAUCCACCUGAUAGUCUUAUUAGUAAUAUAAGUAAUGCGUCUGUUGAAAACCAACCUAGUCCAUCACCUCAACCAACCAACAGUGACCGGCUUAGGCGGGCAAGAAUAAUCCAAAAUGCACCCAGUACUUCUGGCACUCAACAGACCUUACGGCGACAACCACAAUCACCAGUAGCAAAUACUAACUCAGAUUCGGAAACAGAUGAUUCAGACGGCGAAGAGGAAACAUGGAAAAAAACUAUGUGGACAACUGAUCGGCCAAGUCCUAGCGUUUACGAUGAAAUUCCGAUGGAACCGGCAAUUAUGUUUAGCAGCCGUACUAGACCUGUAACUGUAUUUGAAAAAUUCUUCACUGAUGAAGUCUACGAUUUGAUAAUAUAUCAAACAAACUUAUAUGCAGAGCAAAGGAAAGAUGAAGGAUGGACACAAUUAGAUAAAAAAGAACUGAAGGCCUUUGUAGGGAUUUUUAUAAUAAUGGGAUACAAUAUUCUGCCUUCUAUUGACCUUUAUUGGUCUUCCGACCCUGGUUUCAGGGUAGAUGAAAUAGCAGAGACUAUGACCGUAAAGCGAUUCAAGAAGAUAUUGCGAAAUCUGCACGUGAAUGAUAAUACACAGAUACCAGAUAAGACAAGCGAGAACUAUGACAAACUUUACAAAAUACGCCCAUUAUUGGAUCUUAUCACUCAGGCAUGUCAGAAAAAUGCCAAAGACUCCUCAUCCCAAAGUAUUGAUGAAUCGAUGAUUCUCUUCAAAGGCCGGUCUUCCAUGAAACAGUAUAUGCCUCUAAAGCCCAUAAAAAGAGGUUACAAGGUAUGGUGUCGCUGUGACAGUAAAACUGGGUAUCUCUAUGAAUUCUACAUAUACACUGGAAAAUCAAAAACCGGAACAGAGGAAGGACUAGGAUCCAAAGUUGUGAAGAUGUUGACUGAAAAGCUGAUAAAUAAAGCACUGGAGGAAUAUCAUAUUAUUAUUACAUUUGACAAUUUCUUCUGUGACUACACUCUAAUGCAAUAUCUAUAUGAAAAUGGCAUUUAUGCUACAGAAACUGUACGAAGACACAGAAAACAUCUGCCUGUACUUGUAAAAACGAAUCAGAAGCUUGCAAAAGGACAAUAUAAAUGGAGAGUCAAGGGAAAUGUAUCUUUCUUAGUUUGGCAAGAUACCAAAGAGGUUCUCCUAUUGAGUAAUGCAUUCCAUCCAAAAGUUGGCAAAACCACUGUCUUACGGACUCAGAAAGACGGCACAAAACAAGAAAUCAACUGCCCGUUAGCAAUAAAGGAGUAUACUAAAAGGAUGGGAGGCGUUGAUCACUUUGAUCAGAUAAAAAGUACCUAUUCAGUAGGCAGAAGAAGUAGGAGAUGGUGGGUCCGAAUAUUCUUUUUCCUUUUAGAUACAAGUAUAACAAAUGCAUACUUGUUAUAUUGCCAAAAUAAGAAUGCGACAAAACUAAGCAAUCUUGAAUUUCGAGUCUCUGUCGCUAGAGGACUGAUCAGUGGGUUUUCCAGUAGAAAACGACGAUCUGGUAGUUUAGUCAACUAUAUCUGCAGAAAAAAAAUUGCUUCUGAGAAUCGCCAAAAGGCAGUGCAUGUUGUCGCAGAGGAAGUUCGUUUCACCAACGUUGGAGACCAUAUGCCCGUUGAAUCGCCUUCAUAUAAACGUUGCAGAAUGUGUAGCACAAAAGAAAAAGACAAAAGAUCGAAAGUUAUAUGUGAAAAAUGCAAAGUUCCGCUCUGCAUAACACCAUGUUUUACUGCAUUUCAUAGGAAAGGCUAG